AUGAAGGUUCUCAAAGUAGAAGAGCUGGUUGCAGUGAAGAAGAAUGACAAUGGGCAUUUGGGGGAGUUCCUUCCUGAGGAUUUCAGAGAUGGAGAGUAUGAAGCGGCAGUAACUUUAGAGAAGCAAGAGGACCUAAAAACAAUUCCAGUUCACUCUGUGACCCUAGGGGAGAAACAAUGGAAAACUGAGAAACUGCAAGAGGCAGAGCUCAAGAAGAAAAAACUAGAACAAAGAUCAAAGCUUGAAAAUUUGGAAGACCUUGAAGUAAUCAUUCAAUUGAAGAAAAGGAAAAAGUAUAAGAAAAUGAAAGUUCCAAUUGUAAAGGAAUCUGAACCUGAAAUUAUUACAGAACUGGUGGAUGCGCCUAGGUUUCUGAAAGCUGCCCUGGAGAAUAAUCUGCCAGUGCUAGAAAAAUUCUUGUCAGACAAGAACAAUCCAGAUGUCUGUGAUGAGUAUAAACGGACAGCACUUCAUAGAGCAUGCUUGGAAGGCCAUUUGAAAAUUGUGGAAAAGUUAAUGGAAGCUGGAGCCCAGAUCGAAUUCCGUGAUAUGCUUGAAUCCACCGCCCUCCAUUGGGCAUGUCGUGGAGGAAACCUGGAUGUCUUAAAAUUGUUGCUGAACAAAGGAGCAAAAAUUAGUGCCCGGGAUAAGUUGCUCAGCACAGCACUGCAUGUGGCUGUGAGGACUGGCCACUAUGAAUGUGCAGAGCACCUCAUCGCCUGUGAGGCGGACCUCAAUCCCAAAGACCGAGAAGGAGAUACCCCCUUGCAUGAUGCAGUGAGACUGAAUCGUUACAAAAUGAUCAGACUGCUAAUUACAUAUGGCGCAGACCUCAAGGCCAAAAACUGUGCUGGGAAGACCCCUAUGGAUCUUGUUCUACACUGGCAGAAUGGCACCAAAGCAAUAUUUGACAGCCUGCGAGAGAAUGCCUACAAAACCUCUUGCAUAGCCACAUUCUGAAGACAUUG